GUUUUCAUAAAUUAUUAUCACCCGUUUCGGUUAGGUUUCUUUUCAGAUCUUUCGAGUAACCGGACAAAAUCAUUGAAAAAUUUCUAAAUUUUCCAAAUUUGUUAGUUUCUAAUACAAAAGUUUUUUAACCAUGGAUAUGGGUACGUCUUCAAAUCAGUUUAUCCUGACCACCUGUGAGAUGUAUCCGCGCAGAAGGAACACGGAGUUCUACAGAUCUCCGGAACCGAGAAUCUCGUGCCAAAGUCAGCGGGCGGAACAUCCGGGGCAGAUGCUCAACGUGACUCCCGACGAGAAUCGAGAGGCCGCACGCAGACUUCCACGCAUCCAGCCGCCAAAUAAUUUGGAUAGUGUUUAUCUACGUAAUGGGUACUUUUCGUAAAAUAAAUUUUUUAGAUUCUGUGUAAAAA